GAGAGGACACCCUCCAUCAACAGUUCAGCCAGUGCCUAACUCUUCACAAGAGUGUAUGGAGGAUGACACGAGCUACGCAGAGCAUAUGAAAUACAUAGCGCAAGAGAUGAGGAAAGCUGCACCCAACAUACAGCAGAUCAAAGUGCGAAUGAGGAGGACACUUUUGCAGCGGACGGCGGACAUGACCAAAGCAACAGAGCACGUCAUGGAACAAUUUCCAUUCCUUGGAAAUCCUAUUCUAUUGCGCCAUGAAAUGAUGCUCAGGCAUGGGAUCGAUGUCACCAACCUUACAACGGAGUUGGAGGGAGUGGCGCACAACAUCAUCAAAGCCAUGAGGGAGAAAAAAGACCCGAAACCAGUUUCACGGACCCUGCUGGAUGACUCCGAUGAGGCUGGGAUGAAGAACGCUGCCCUGCUACUGCUGCCAAGCUUGUUCAGAGAGGACAGUAAUUUCAUUUACUGUAUAGAGGAACCAGUCAGCCCGAACCCAACCAUCGUUUUCCACGGGUCCCUGAAUGCCCUGAAAGCAGAGAACAUCAGCAUCCAUCUGGAUGGAAAAACCAUUGUCAAAGCAAAAUUGUCCAUCCCAGAAUCAAUUGAAUGUCUGUUCUGUGUUUAUUUUCUUUUCAACGUUUCAUACCCCACGCCAAUAGUUAACACCCUUACCUUUAUCGAAAAAUUCUUGCUAAAAUUGCCCAACAAUACAAAGAUUCCCCUCCCUGUCCUCAAAAUGCAUAACCAAUUAAUGUCCUACAAUUAGAUUACUUAGAAACAUGUUUUUUUUAAAUUGUCUUUUAUUCAAAGGUGUGUGUGUUAUGUCACUAGGAUUAGAUUUAUUUGUUACACCAGCGCUGUGCAGCCUUGCUAUGUUAUUCCCAGCGCCCUUGUGUGUGUGUGUGUGUGUGUGUGUGUGUGUGUGUG